CCAAAGAUCGCCUUAUCGCUAAACCCCUGGUGCUCAGUGCUGCACAGACCAAUUCUUUCCCAAAUGUUUGUUCAAAAGCUCAAUUAUACGUUAAAAGCUAACGGUUUUCUGUGGCAAUCCGGUUUGACUUGUUCUAACAAUUGAGCUUAAUAUUGCAUUACACUUGACCGCAAGACGCAGUUCCCAAGCCACUGGUUGCAGCCCAGUUUGAGUACAAGAUACUUUGCCUUUCUAAUCUCAGAAGGGAAGAGCCAGUGUUUUUCUAUUUCUUAUCAGAAAUGUACAAUCCGAAGUGCAAAGAUCUCGACCGGGAGUACUUUCCAAGCUAUUUUACCACAAGAUUCCAAGAUGAACCGGAACCAAACCUGGCGGUCCUAGAGCACUUCGUUCGGGUGACCAAGCAGCAUGAAAGGGACUUGACCGCCAAGCAGGGCAUCAGUGUGGACCACAUGCGCUAUGGAGCAGGUCGUCGGUUGGUGGACGUGUUCUACAACGAGAAGACGCCCAACCAGGCGCCGCUCUUCGUCUUCGUGCACGGCGGCUACUGGCAGGAGAUGGACAUGAGCACGUCCUGCUCCAUCGUGGGUCCUCUGGUGCGGCGGGGCUACCGCGUGGCCGUCAUGGACUACAACCUGUGCCCCGACGUCAACCUGGAGACGCUGAUGCUGCAGUUCACCGACUUCCUCAACUGGAUCUUCGACUACGCCGAGAUGACCAAUGUGCUGGAGAUCACCUUCGCCGGUCACUCGGCCGGCGCCCACUUGCUGGCCCAGAUCCUCAAGCACCAGGACAUGAUCAACCCGCAAAGGAGCAAGAUGGUCUGGGCCUUGGUCUUCCUGUGCGGCGUCUACGAUCUGCGGGAGCUGUACUCCCUCGAAUCGGUGAACCCGAAGAACAUUCUGGGACUCACCCAGCGCAAUGUGGAGGCCGUGUCGCCCAUGCUGUGGGAGUACACCGACGUGGCCAUUUGGAACUCCACCAAGAUCUACGUGGUGGCCGCGGAGCACGACAGCCCCACAUUCAUCGAGCAGGGUCGCCGCUUCUCCGACGUGUUAAAAAAGAGUGGAUUCAAGUCCAGCUUCAAGCUCUUUCAAAAAUACGACCACUUCGAUAUCAUCGAAGAGACGUCCGUCGACGAAUCGGAUAUAUCAAAGUUCCUGCGCAACAUUCGGAUUGAAUAAACUAGGCAGAGCCCCGAUUUCAGUUAAA